AUGAUACGUUUACAUAGGUCAUUCUCUACUGCUGGGAAAAUACUAGCUCGUACAAAAUUUACUAUACCAAAACCUCCUCCACCAAUACGUGAUAAUGUACGUUUACCAACUCAAAUCACCCAUCAUUCAAACAAUUUAAAGAUCACUGCUCCUAUUCCACCAACUAUUGCAAAUGUAGAAUGCCCAGAUGAUCAUCCCUUAUGGCAGUUUUUCCAUGAAAAAAAAUUCUUAAGAGCUGAAGAAGAUUUGGAUAUGCAAGCCAGGUCGUGGUCAGUUCCUGAAUUAAGACGUAAAAGUUUUGACGAUUUGCAUUCCUUAUGGUACAUUUGUUUGAAAGAAAGAAACGUCCUCGCUAGAGAGACUCAUCUAUUAGAAGUGUCGAUGGGGGCAGAUGCAGGUCCCUAUAUGGAAUUAUCCGAUACGAUUAGAGACACAAUGUGGAAGAUCAGACAUGUAUUAAGUGAGCGUGAUUAUGCCAUUAAACUGGCUCAAACUUCAUUCACUAAUGAAACUAAGAAAUUUUGUGACGAGUUUGUAUCGGAGUUUAAAAAUGAGGUCAGCUACCCUAAGGAGGACCCUGCUACUUGGGAUACUUUAAAUAGAUUUCAAUAUGCUAUCUUUGGCAUUAGUGAAAUCAUCGAAGAGAAUAUCAUCGAUAGAUCCUUUGUGGAUGGGAUUAAAUGUGUGGCAAAUAUAAAAUUACAAAAAUUAAAUACUCAAGGAGUUGAUUUAGGAACAAUCACUGAUGCAGGUGAAGCCUUUGUAUUAUUCACAUCAGAAAAUAACGUUCAAGCAAUUAAUGACGCCAUUAAGAUCGUUCAAGAAUUGAGAACAACUGGCAAGACUGUAUCAAGGUAUGACGAAUUACAAAUUGUACAAAAUUAUAUUCAACAAUUGACAGAUGCAUCGGUGAAUCAAGAACAAUCCAUCUAA